AAUCAUUCCGCCAUUUGGCGUCAUCACCUCUUCGCCCCCUUCCCUCUGACCUCUGACCCCUCGACCUUUGACCUUUCAGGCGGUCCUGUAGUCCUACGGGGCGAGUUCAACAUGACAUGAUAUGUUUAAAAAAAUAUGAUGCAAAUAAUCACAGGAAUUUAUCAUCGUGAUUAUUUUUGCCCGUUGGCCUGAUGAAGAGAAGGCGAAGUGACGUCACAGACAUUUUCUGCUGCUGAAGCAGAGGAGAGAAGAAGAAGAAGUGAAUCGUGUGGGAUGUCAUCAAUCGGAGAAAUAUUGAUCAGUGUGUGUGGAUCGUAAAACGGGGAUCUCUGCUGGAGGCCCACCCAUGUCUGCUGGAAUUCAUCUCCACCGUGGUUAACAAAACAUCAUCGGACCCCGACGUCAUCUCCUUCGCUCUCAAACUCUCCGGCUUAAUCGCCGCCACCGAGGACGGCUUCGAAACGCUCCAGGAGCGCUCUGUUCUGGACCUCACCUUUAACCAGCGGCACUGGCAGGAAGCCGGGCUUUGGGAGGAUCCCUGCAUACGGAUCGGCUGGAUCCAGGGCGUAAGGAGCAUGCUGCAGCACUCGAAGGCUCUCGGCUUCUUUGUACAAGCAGACUUCAUUGUUCCGCUCCUACAACUCCAGACAGACUCGAGUCUGUUUGUCGCCGCUGCUGCAAAUCAAACGCUCGCCCACGUCCUGCUCUUCUUUCAGCCGGCGCUGUCGGCAGGAUGCAACGGCACAGUGAAGUCACAGGGGAGCGACACCAGGACGCGAGAGCACCCGGGCGUCACCACCGCGGAAACCGACCACGAUUACUCUGCCGUGCUCGUCGCGAUCUCAGAGUACCUCAAGGGGUCGCUGGUACGCGGAGAAGAAAACACGCGGCUCCACCAGAGUCGGCAGAUUCUCAAACUGCUGGCCCUGCUCCUGGCCCGGGCCGCGCCGCCCCUCCGGGACAAGCUGCUCCGGACGGUCGCAGACCCACUGGAGGAACUGGUGACUGCAGGCUGCAGUCGACUCAUGCCCCCUCUGAUGGACAUCGUUCUGGCUGCAAACAGCAGCUCCAGUGUCCCAGACCAGCGCGUCACUCGCCUGCUGUCGUCCAUGCUGAACACAAACAAACCUGCUGACCGCCUUCGUGCUGCAGCUGCUUUUCUCCACAGCGGCCACCGGGACACUGUCCACACCGUCCGGGCUGUGAGAAUACUGCUGCUGCCCCUCGACAUUAUAACUGGUCAGACUCAACUGGGCGCAGACACUUCAGAAGAGCAUCGGUUUUCAAUGGUCGAGCAGCUGAAGAGUAAAACCACCUGCGUCUCCAUGGUCUGCGUCUGUCUGACCAACACGCCUCAGAUCACACUCAUGCCUCCAGACCUUCUGCCCUGUCCUCUGGUUGUAAUCGUCAGUGCAGUUCUGUCACUGUUGAGGAUCUGCUGCGGCGACUCCUCAUCCGGCGGCUGCGCCGAGGUGUUCAGGAACGUCAUCGGCUCUGGCAAAGUUCAGAAAUGUGCGCUGGAGGUUCUUGCAUGUCUCAGCAGCAGCCCAGGAGUGAAAGACGAGCUGACCGAGGUCGUCACAGUUCUGAUACAAUAUCUGAACGACCCCGACUCGGACCCCACGGUGAUACACAAGUCCUAUCAGGCCUUGGUGAAGUGGAUGAGUGUGUGUGAAGACCUCUCGUCGGUAACGGACCUGCUCAGACGAGAUCUCAGCGAGGUCGUGAGGAAACGUGUGUGCGACAUGCGCUGGGAGGUGAGAGACUCGACGGUGGAGUUCCUGGGGAAACUGGCGGCGGUCCCGAAAUCGGUGGAGGAAACGCGCGACGGCACUUGGCCAGGCAGCUGUAGCAGCGCUCCCCUCCUCAGGGAGGCGCUGCAGGAUCCAGAGAGCUACGUGAGGGCCAGCGCCGUGGCCGCACUGGCACAGACACUGGCGCGCGGCUGGCAGCAGGGGGCAGCACUCACACAGGAGCAGACUGACAUCGUGAGCCGGCUGCUUGAAAUUCUCUCCCAGGACACGGAGGGAUUCGCCAGGAGGGCAGUUUUGCAAUAUUUCAUCGCCUGGUUUUCCUCACGUGCCUCGCACACGUCUCCACCGUCGUCGUCGACGACCUCCUCCUCCUCCUCCUCCUCCUCCUCCUCCUCCUCCUCCUCCCUCCUGGUGAACUCUGUGAGCUCCAUCCUCUCUCUGGGCAGCGCUGACCUGGACUGGGAGGUCAAAGUUCACACCCUGGAGCUGGCGGAGCUCCUGCUGGAUGAAGCGCUGUCAGGUCACCGUGGCUACAGGAAGGGCCCAGAGACGCCUCCCGCUCUGCUACACCCGUACGCCGUGGUUCCUGAUCGGACGUCCACGCUUCGCAUGCAGGGCGCGGAGUCUGAUUCGGCCGGCGCGUUGAGUGACCUGGUCGAGCGGGGAGUCGUCUCAGCUUUGUUGAGCGGCCUGGUCGACUGCGACAGACCCGUGGGUCUGAAGGCCUGUCAGCUCCUGAUUACACUCAGAGACACCAUCUGCCCGCCGCCGCUGGAGACUCUGGAUGCAACUCCUGCCACGGCAACAGUCGCCAGGGUGUCCUGUGAACUGCCCGCAUGCGGCUGGGGGCGGGAGAUCAGAAAAAUACUGGGCGCCAAUAAGUGCGAUAAGGCUAAAGAGGCAGACGUCGCCGGUGAGACGCGGGAGGAAGGCAAGGGUGAGGGGAACGACGGUGUGUCCGUGUGUGAAAUGUUGCGCUCGCUGGGUUUAGACGCGAGACUGGACGUCCUGAGUCAAAGCAGCGACCACGUCCACAACUCUCCCCUGUCCCUGCUGCAGGACAUCCUGACCGCGAGUGCCGCACACACUCGUCAAGACAUGCAGCCGGGGCAAGAAGUCAUAGUGGACUGCUACUGACGCACACGCACGCACGGCCAUAUGUUGGUUUGUUAUCAGUGAACAGCAACACACUCUUAACUCAGGCUACAUUUGCUUUCACGUUGUGAUAUGUCGGUUCUUUGAGUUAAAAAUGAUUCGCCCUGAUUGUACUGAUUUGUAUAUGUGCAUGUGCGUGUGUGUGUGUGUGAACGAACAUGGGCAGGUAUCUUCGAGAGCAUCAUGACCAGAGAUUUCUGUUUUUACCCCCAAAAAAUUAUGAUGGACAAUUUGUUGGCUAUUUUAUGAAUGAGCCAACUGAUAAAACAACCGUUUUGAUUGUUUCUCAACGUUCGAUGAUAAUGUUUAAAUAGACAUCUUCAAAUUUCAUUAAGUAGACUUUGAUACAACACAAUCCCAUUUGUCAUAAUUCCUCCCUAAACCAUGUUUAAAUCAGUUAAAUCCCAUUUCAUCCGUUAGAUGAGGUCGCACCACGUCCGCAGUGGCCAAGUGGCAUAAGCGACACGGGAGCAGUGGCAGCUUGGGCGUGCGCGUGUGUGUGUGUGCGCGUGUGUGUGAGAGAGUGACACGGUUGAAAAAACGUGUCCUGUGUAGAAAAGAACCAGAAAAGAUCAAAUCUAAUUUUCAGAUUUGAAAAUAACCGCACAUAUUUUUUCAAAUUCUCAGUAUUUGCAUUUCCUAUAAACCAAUCAUGUCUGUUACACAUUGAUUCACAUUUUUAUCUAAAAUAUUAUUCAGUUGAACUUCCACAAAACUUUCUACGCACAGAUGAAUUGUUGUCAAUGAAUGUACGAAUCAAACUUUGUGAAAUUGAUUUAAUUUCUCUGCCUAUCCAUCAACACAAGGCUGUUAGACCAACCAGCCCUCUCUUACUACAUCCUCUGUAUCUGUGUUGACAUUGAAUUCUGACUUCUUCACCUGUACGGACAUGUUCAGUCCGAUUCAGUUACACUUUCAUGGAUCCUUUUAUUGUUUGCAACGUUUUCCAGAUCCCAGUCGUCUUAGUUGUGAUGGAUGGAUCACCUGAUGACGCCUUUGCAGGGUCUUACUGGUCAUUUUGCAAUACAGGAUUACAGAAUUAAAUGCAGUUGCAGCCCCCUACAUACUGUAAAUGUAAAAAAUUAUGUCAAAUGAUUUAAAUUGGAAUAGGAAAAAACAAUAAAAAGUAUUUAUAUUUGUACAGUA